AUGGUAUCUGACAUUUCAGAACACAAUUAUGACUCGGACGAGAGCAUUGGUAGUUCUGAAGAAAACUCCUAUAACAUACCCCCAACCAUCUUUUUCAAGAAUCAAAACCUCAGUUACUUUGUAGCAGAACCACUCCGUAUGCUAUACAACUUCAAUGAUUUGAAGAAUGAAUGUUUGGUUGCUGGUAAUCCAAGGGCUCACUACAUAGAGGGGUUGCUUCAAUAUUUUCAGUGCCGUAAAUCUAUCAAAGGACUUGACCAUCUCCGUCAAUCCGCAGAUGGAAACUAUGAUAACGGUACCUAUAUUUAUGGUAUUUUAAUGUUGUGCAGGGGCAACUUCGCUGAUGGACAAUAUUACCUCGAUAUGUUAUCUUGGAAAACUAAUCAAGACAGAACUACCCGAUGCUUGACAAUGCUUAAGCAAUCCCUUAAAGCAAUCAGGGUCAGUGUGAAGGCAAAAUAUGUAGCAAAUACAGACACAAUGGAACCCUUAGCAGAUUGCAACACUCAUGCGAUGGAUAGCGCAUGCGAGGAUUGUUAUUACUUUAAGAAGAUGAAAGAAUUUGUUGACUACAUUCGCAACAAAAAACAGUAG